AUGUCUAUCAGUGACAGACCUUCCAUUCCCCAUCCUCUCUCCGACUAUGUCCUACCUCAUCGAUUCAAAGUCAUCGGCGGCGGUGCCGGUAGCUUGACGGAGCUGCCCAAAAAGCAGGAUAUACACGCUCUCAGAUCUGCUAUAAGGCUCGCUCUGAGGAUUCUCAAUACUCCUGCGGCGAUGCAAGCUACCAACGCCGCUCUAUCCAUUCAGCAUGUACCGGAACGAGAAUGGCAUUUACCUCUCCCCGCUCCUCUCGAAAGCCUGACGGCGCCGAUCGACGAAAGAGUACUGCAGUGGCAAAAAGAAUUCAUUAGAACAGGACCGUUCCAAAUCGUAGUCGACGCUGAUCUGAAGGAGGUAUACGGAUGUGUCGAUAAGUAUAAUGCUCCGCACCUCAUCCGAAUAAAUGCAGACCUGGUCUUCGGUGCAGGAGAAGCCUACCAACAGCGUGAAACAGGGAGAAAUACGUAUGAGGCACACGUCUUGUUUCUCGCCAACACGGUGAUGCAUGAGCUGCAACACGCCAUGCGAGGUCAACUCAGAAAUUGCUUGAAGUUCACGCCUCCUAAAAUCAACAACAGAUUCAAAUAUAAAUCGUUGGGAUUUGACGAGAAUGGACAGGAAUUGGUCAAAGGAGAAGGAGGAUUCUGGACUGAGGAUCAAAUAAUUGGUGGAACACUGCGAGGAAAUAUCUUAGACACCACCAGUCGGUUCUCCAUCUCGAGCAUUCCAUUGUUAAAAGAUCUAUUCAUUACAUUUGCCUUUCCACCGUCCGAACCAGAAAACGAGAAUCAGGCCAGCACUCGUCACACCUUCCGUAUCUCUUGCAGUGACAUUAGCGCUAUUGUGAAUGGCCAUCCCGACUGGGAACAAAGAUUACCCUUCCGCCCCGAUGGUAGCUAUCCAAUCUCGACUGGCAAUCAUGUACCUGGAACAGAGUACCGACCAAUGCUUACGCCUACAAAUCGAUAUAAAUGUCCUGAUCGUGAUCAAUCUUGGCAGAAGCUUUUCCCGAUGCCAAAUUCAAAAGCUAUGAGUCGUGAAUCAACCCUCUCCGUCGAUGUUGAAAGCGAUCUCGAAGAUGAAGACGCCUCUAUCAUCAGGACUCCACCUAUUCCUCUCAACGAACUAGUUUCUAAUAUCCAAUCACUCAAACCCAGACCUCGUGCUCAGCCAUCACAUCCGUCAGUCUUUGCUGAUACAUCAAACGAUCUUUACAAAUGCGGCACUGACGAUGGAUUGGUCUUUUCUGAGAAACAACUAAAAUGGACUGGGGAGGAAUGGCAGAAGUACUGUGAUUCGCUUUCCAAGAGUCACAAAUCACCAACAGAAGAUAUCGUAUAA